GCUCAGGUGACACGGCAGUAAUACAAAGCGCUAUUGCCCACUGGGAGAGCCUCACUUGUUUGACAUUUCCGCCAUACAAUGCAGCCACAGGACACACGGCAAGAAUAAAUUUUAUCAAAGGUGACGGAAGCUUAAGUUUACGAGAGUGUGCUUUGUUCAUAAUUCAAGCCGGAUUCUGUACUCACACCUGUACAUAUUCUAAUGAUGGUGUAUGUGAUGAUGGUGGUUAUGGAUCUCGGAACAGUGUAUGUAGCUAUGGAACAGAUUGUGUAGACUGUGGACUAAGACUUAGUACUACUGUAUUAUGUAAUAACACCUGUAAAUACCCUAAUGAUGGUAUAUGUGAUGAUGGUGGUGAUAUACAUUACAGUAUUUGUGAUUAUGGCACAGAUUGUGCAGACUGUGGAAUGAGAUCUAAUAUUCUGGAAUUGUGUACUGACACCUGUGUAUACCCUCAUAAUGGUUACUGUGAUGAUGGUGGUGAAGGAUCUCAUUACAGCCAUUGUGACUAUGGCACAGAUUGUGCAGACUGUGGAAUAAGACCUAGUACUAGUAAGUCUUAA